AUGGGCUCACAGAUUGAACCCAGUGUUGCUAUCGUCGCAGGUGCCACUUCUGGCAUAGGGCUUGACCUCGCCAAGCACCUCUGCGCAAAAGGAUGGAAGGUCGCAUGUCUAGGUCGACGCCGUGAGGCCGGUGAAGCCAUCCUGAAAGACCUGCCACAGGACAGAGCGCAGUUCUUUGCCGCCGACGUCUCUAACUACGACGAGUACGCAAGUGUAUUCCGCAAGGUGCAUGAGCUCUGGGGACGUAUCGAUGCAUUAUGUGCCAACGCCGGUAUUAUCGAUAGGUCUUCCAUCUACAUCUACGACUCGAAGAACAAUAACGCCGACGACGUCCCACCGGCACCAGAUCUGUCCGUCGUGGACAUCAACUACAAGGGUGUUGUGUAUGGCACCCAACUGGCAAUCCAUUUCAUGCGCCAUAACCCGCAGCCUGGUGGUCGCAUCGUCGUCACGGGUAGUAUUGGCUCCAUCUUCCCCCACCCGUCAUAUCCGAUAUACUGCGGCACUAAGGCUGGAGUGAACCACUUAAUACGCGGCAUUGCUCCGUUAUUGAAGCAAAAGGAUAACAUUUUGAUCAAUUGUGUCAUGCCGGGGAUUGUGAACACACCUAUUGUGCCACCCGAGAUGGUUGCCGCUGUCAGUCCUGAAUGUCUCACCCCUGUGCAAACCAUUCUCAAAGGCUAUGAUACGUUUUUAGAAGACUCGACAGGCAUGGCGGGUGAGCUAUUAGAGUGCUCGGCCAACAAGUUGAUCUACUACCAAAUGCCCGAGCUUGGAAAUGGUCUUGUCACAAAGCGGGCUGUCACAGUCUGGGAGCCACUGUUCCGCAUCAUGCAUGGCGAAGACUCUGGAUUACCGGAUGCCAUUGCGUGA